UGAGGGCAAGUUUCAGAAAAGCUAGAGACCCUCGUAUAAAUGACAAAAACUUUAUAUAAUGGAUGCUGUCUUUGCUGUUUGUUGUUUCGCAACUAAGACACGAGCCUGAAUGUCAGCUGAGUCGCUUAAAGAAGUCUUGGGGGCAUUGCCCCCCACUCCGGUGAUCAUUACGCCGUAGACCGAACGUGUACAACAGACAAGACCCCUCAUCUAUGGAGCCCGGCCAUAUUAGCCGGUGACGCAGGGAAUAACAUGCCGACUCCAACAAUUAGGGAAAGAGAGUGUGUCCAGACCCCCACUUUGAAGACUUGGGCAUGCGGAGUAUUUGUCCGACAAUGAAAGUUGAGCACGUUGGGGUGAGUUGGCAGCAGGGCAGUUUCAGUGUAGAUUGGUAGGGAUGGAGCAGCUAUUUGGUGAGUGACGCCGGAAGAUGGGGGGCUUGUUGUUAAAUAAUUAAUGACCGCAUCAGUUUGUCGUGUGACAAAGGUGAUGAGAGGAAAAGCCUCUCCAUCUGUCUAUCCCCUCUUACUUUACUCUUGCUACACUGCAUCGUAAGGCUGCGGAGUGGCCACAGCAACUACAGAAUAUAAAGGGGUAUAAAAAGGAAGUGAAACGAAAUAGCAAAGACAAAAUAAAACACAAACACACACACAACGCAGCACAUCCCCACUAAGAAACGAAAUCAACAAUGGACGCAAAGACCGGCAUGGUCCUCGGCUACGAAGGCCGCCAUCCCUUCAGCAAGGUGCAGCUGACGGACCGGUCGUCGGUGCAGGAGCUUCUGCGCACGCUGCUGGACCCGCUGGAGCCCUUCUUCUCGCCACACAAGGCCCGGGUCCGCUGCCCCGGCGCCACGGCCGUGCGCUUCGACCAGGCCUCGUCCGACCUCGAGGGCCUCGCCCGCCCGCUGUGGGGCCUGGCCUGCCUGCUGGCCGGUGGUGGCGAGUACCGCGGAACCGAGUGGUGGGUCGAGGGGCUCAAGGCCGGCACCGACCCCGAGAGCGACGAGUACUGGGGCUACCCGAGGGAUAACGACCAGAGGAUGGUUGAGAUGUGCCCAUUGGGUUUCGCACUGGCUGUUGCGCCUGUAUUUUGGGAUUCCAUGUCGGCCAAGGAGAGGGACAAUGUAGAGAACUGGUUGGGGAACUCGAUCAACGAAAAGAACAUGCCCAACACAAACUGGCUGUGGUUCAGGGUGUUUGCAAACUUGGGCCUCAAGAAGAAUGGCGGCAAGUUUUCUCAGGAAAGACUAGACAGCGAUAUCGAGCACCUCAACACAUUUUACCGUGGCGACGGAUGGUCCAACGACGGACCUGAAGGGAUACACCAAAUGGACUACUACUCAUCCAGCUUCGCCAUCCACUUCCUCCAACUCCUCUACGCCAACCUGGCAGGAGACCAAGACCCAGACCGCGCACAAGAGUUCAAGAAUCGCGCACAGAUGGCCGCCCUGGACCUGAUCCACUACUACGACCCCGAAGGCCGCUCCAUCCCCUUUGGCCGCAGCGUGGGCUACCGCUUCGCCAUGGUGUCCUUUUGGGGUGCGCUGGCCUACGCCGACGUCGAGCUCCCCGCACCGCUGACCUGGGGCAUGGUCAAGGGCAUCGUGCUUCGCCACCUGCGCUGGUGGCAGACGCAGCACGACAUGUGGAGCUCGAGUGGCACCCUCACCGUCGGCUACUCGUACCCAAACAUGUACAUGGCCGAGAACUACAACAGCCCGGGGUCCCCCUACUGGGCCUGCCUGGCAUUUAUCUGCCUCGCCGUGCCCGAGUCCCACCCCUUUUGGACCUCGGCCGAAGAAGCCUACCCGCAAGGGCUCGUCCCGGCCGUCAAGCCCCUGCCGCACCCGGGCCACAUCAUGAGCCGCCUGGGCGGCCACACCAUGCUGCUGUCGUCGGGCCAGGCCUGCAGUUACCCAAUGAAGGGCACACACGCAAAGUACGGCGGCUUCGCCUACAGCAGCGCCUUUGCCUACUCUGUGCCCCCGGGCCUCUUCACCCUCGAGCAGUACGCCCUGGCCAGCCAGAUGGGCGUGUCCGACGACGGCGGCGAGUUCUGGAAGGCCCGCCGUGCGUCCGAGUACUCUAGGCUCGAGACGAGAGGAGGGGAGAGCUCGUCAUCCCCGGUCCUGGUCUCCUUGUGGAAACCCUUCCCGGACGUGGAGGUGCGCACGCUGCUCUUGCCGCCCGAGAACGCCACGCCCAACUGGCACCUCCGCGUGCACUUCAUCCAUUCCAAGGGGAGCAGGGACGUCAUGACGGCCGACGGCUCCUUCGCGGUGCGCAACGAGAACGCCACCAACCGCCGGUACCUGGAGCCGUACGACGCCAGCGUGGGCGAGGGCACGGGGCCGCGUAUCAUUGGCAACUACGACCUCAACAGCCCCGACGGCUGGGCGACGGGGUCCGAGGGUGCGUUCGCCGUGUCACGCAUCGCCGGCGCGGUGGGGAUCAAGGCCAUCGAGCCCGUUGGUGCUGGGGUCGAGGAGCGCCGGGCCAACAUUGUCAACGCCGAUCCCAACUCGAACCUGGUCGAGAGCCGGUCCUGCAUCCCGACGUUGCAGCACAACCUCAAGGGUGGUCAAAAGGCCGUCUACCUCUCGGCCAUCUUUGCCAGGCCUGCCGGUCCCGACGUCGCUGUCGAGUCUUACCUCGACGGCUGGGAUACGCCGCCACAGAUUCCGGCUUGGCUUAAGGAAGAGAUUGCAGCCUCACACUAGGGGGCCAGAUUUGCUUGAUGACGGUUUCGUCAGGGGUAAGAAAGAAGGUGGCUUGUGAGCAAAGUCUCUGUUGAAUACCUCUUUCCCGACCCCUUUCCAAAACCAUGAUGAAAUGAAAGUUCAGCAUAAAAAAAUAAGAAUGUACAUCUCUUCAAUCAAAAUUAUUACAAACUCGUCCCUGCAGCCAAGCAAAAUGUGAAAAAGGCGCUGAAAUUCUAUCAAUACAAGAAAUCAAAGUAACACCGAACCUUCAAAAACACCUCCUGACCACCCACCAAGUGAGGAAAGAUAAAACUUAUCCUGCCUAGGCAGUUCAGGCCACCCACAUAUCACCAUAGCCAGAAACUCCAUGUAUGCCAUCUCGUUUGCUUUUCUCUUCUUGUCGUUCAAACUUGUCGUGAAAGCUUCAUACCGUCAAAACACGAAUCAGGUCGUCUCUCUCUCUCUCGCACUACUUGGCCAUGACGUCGACGUAGCGUCCACUCUUCCGGGCCUUCUUGGCGCCA